UGAUACAAAUGGCUUCCCGUUACGAGGCGAUGUCCGGACAAGCUUGGCACGAAGAACUACAAAAUUUUCUUCCACAUGCACUGGAUUGUGUCGACCCUAACUGCCUUUUACCUCUCUGUGUUAACUUAAAACUAACUUUGCGGCACGCGCAAGGCUGUAAAAAGGUAGACAACUGUACAAUUUGUCAGGGGAUCAAGUCUCUCGCCUCAAGUCAUUCCAAUUCCUGUAGAGACUAUUAUUGCCGUGUGCCAUUUUGCAUGGAAGCCAAAGUAACGGCACAACAACAGGUACUCAUGGAUGAAUUAGGGAAAGUGUUCGAUGCAGGACUGGACAGCCAAGAAGAUGGUGAAGCCAUUCAUCCUUCGCAAGAUACAAAAGAGGAAUGUAGACGAGAGGAAGCUUCCAGAAUGCACAGUGAUUCUCACUGCAUGGCAGUUAGAAACAGUGAAACAUCAACACCGGUUGAACUCAACAAUGGACCCAGUGGGAACACUCCGGCCACACAGGCGCCAUUGUCAGAGGCAAGUUACUUUCAACUUGCAACCAAAAAUUCAACUCAGGUCCCUGACUCAGUGGAGCCGAUCCUGCCAGAUUUGAGAAAACGUUCGUCAACCGUACAAAAACCAAAACACCCUCAGUCUGGCCUCCAUGAGAGUUUGCAUGGAAACUACAUCCCAACCUGUACGUUGAAAUGGUUACCAUCCAAAGCAGAUAUUUUUUCAGUUACGAACCAACCUCGACCAGCCCCUAAAAGGAAAUGCGAGACCAUCACCGUCUCUACUGGUGAAUCAGCUUCUCCACCGACUAAAGUUAUUCGAGGUGCCUCUACUGGUCUUAAAUCACAGCAAGAUGAUAGUCCUGAGAUCGAAAUAAUAGGAAUAAAAUCAUCUGGGCGACUAGCUAACCAACUUAAAGGAACGGCCCCGCCGAACGACACCAACCGUUGUAAGGAGAAGUCCAGCAAAACCGUGUUCUCACCACGAGCACCUUUGAGGAUUGCCGCCAAGAAACAGGAUGAAAAAGCGGGCUCAAUGACACACCAGUGCCACUUCACCAAAAGGAAUACCUUACCAAAGAAAGUCCCUUCUUUUAAGCCUACAGCAGGAGUGCAGUAUUCAAAAGUUUCCGCAAAGAGUCGGUUCACCCUCUCGGAUUCCUCUCAGACUGAUUUUCAUCAGGCCUGUCAGGAAGAAGUUAAAGUAAAUAAUGAUUUAGUGGAUGAUUUUCUCGAAGAGAUGUUCUCCACACCACCACCAUCUCCAACAUUUGAAAUGUGGCUGGGAGAGAACGCUGGAUCCAAAGAAAAUUCCUCAGCAUUGAAGGUUGUCCUCUUGGAAACGUUAUUUCAACUGUUCGGAGUUGUAACUCAGCCCAAAACAGAGAAACAAGAAGCUGUGUUUGUUGAUUUGCUUGAACGGACUCUUGGCAUGAUGAAAACAGAGAUAGCAAAGUGGUGAAGUCUUGAAUACUGACUCUCAAUAGUCGCAGCCUCUCAUCUUUUCAUUUGACCUUUUUUGACUCAUUUCACAUUGUCCAAUGCUGUUUUGCCGAGUAACUGUAAUUGUUCUUAUCAAAAGUUUUGAUAAGAACGAUAAGGUCUUCUCCGUUAUUUUCGGUCACAGGUGGAAGUCACGAUUCAAACAAGGACACUGCGUGAGAGUAUUUUUCUUGGUAAGGUGUCUAAAAAUUUAACUUAAACCAGUUGAGUGUUUUCCUGGUCUCUAAAAUUUUGGGACAGCCUUGCUAACCUUUCCAGAGUGUGCUUUUUUUUAGUUUGAUAAGCGUUUCUUUUUAUAAAAGAAUCAUUGUACACCAAUUUUUUGGUGCAAUCCAAAUAUCGCAAAGGUUCAAAUUGUUAUGAUAACCAUAACUUUGUGU